AUGGGUUUUAGAUAUGUUUGUAAAGGCCAUGUAUGGAAAACAUCCCAAAGCCGUUGUUACUGAUGGGGAUAAAUCAAUGAGAGAAGCUAUUAGAGUUAUAUUUCCAAAUUCAACACAUCGUCUUUGUUCAUGGCAUCUACAUCAAAAUGCUAUUAAACAUGUGAAGAAUGCAAGGUUCUUAAAAGAGUUUAAUACACUAAUGUAUUCUAGUUAUACACCUGAAAAGUUUGAAUCUGAAUGGAAAAGGGUUAUUGAUGAUUGUGGUGUAUCAAAGAAUAAGUGGGCAAUCAAAACAUAUGAAUUGAAACAAAUGUGGGCAAGUUCAUACAUGCGAGACCAUUUUGUGUGUGGAGUUAGAACGACAUCGAUGUGUGAAGGUGUGAAUUCAUUUAUCAAGAAAUAUGUUCAACACAAAAAUAGCCUUGUUGAUUUCUUGCAUAAUUUUGAGCGUGCUUUGAAAGAAUACAGACAUAAUGAAUUAAAGUCAGAUUUUAAUUCGUUUUAUUAUCAGCAUGUUUUGAUGACUCCCUUGCCAGAAUUAGAGCUUGAAGCUUCAAAGAUAUUCACUGCUAAAAAGUUCAAAGAAAUAAAAAUUGCGAUAGAGGGUGUUGCUGCGUUAUCUGUCACUGAACGGGUUGAUGUUGGAAAUAGUCUAAUUUUCAAAGUAAAUGUAUACCGCAACAAAGAUGAAAUUUUUUGGGUUUAUCUUGAUAAGGCACAAACUAAAUUUUUAUGUGAUUGUAGAAGAUUUGAACGCAGAGGACUUCUAUGUUCCCACAUUAUUUCUGUCAUGAAGUAUGAGGACAUGGAUGCUUUGCCUAAAAGUUUGAUUUGCAAAAGAUAGUCUAAAACAGCAAAGAAUGAUUACAUCACAUCAUUUACCUCUGAAGAAGUUAAUAAUGAGGAAAAAAUGAUCAUGUUUCGUCGAGGGGCACUUGCUGCUGCAUUCAAUAGGCUAUGUGAGGUUUCAUGUAAGAGUGCUGAUGAUUAUAAAGAGGCUUUGGAAGGUAUGAAUAGUUUAUGUGAGAAAAGAAACAAAAUUAAUGAAGUAAAUAUAAAUGGAAAGAGUAAGGCAAAUGAUCAUGUUGCCGAUGAUCCAAUUACUGUGAAGACCAAAGGUGCCCCUAAAAACAAAAAAUCCUACAUGAAGCCGCAAAAACAUUGUUCUCAUUGUAGAAAGCUCGGUCACACAAGAAGGAGGUGUCCAAUACUUGCUGGAAUUGACUUCACAACUGGAGAUGAGGGGGAGGGGGAGGAUUCACAUGUCGAAUCUGAUUAUGAAUCAAGUCGUUUAAACGAGUCUAUAAGCCACGAGAUGAAUGAAGAAACCCAUUAUAGUUCGAUAUCAAAUAGUAGAUAUAAUACUGAUGAUAACAUUGGUAUUAAACGCAAUAGAGAAAAAGGGCACACAACGGGUUUUUCAACACAAGAUUCUGGGAACCAAAAAACCUCAAGUCUAGAUAGAAAGACCGAAAAUAAUGGUACACCACGCGGUUUUGGGUAUGGUGUUAGUUCCUCCGUCAAACAUGCAAGUCAAAAUUCAAGAUGGAAUCAUGGCGUUGGGUAUGCUAGUAACUAUUUUCCCAUGUACAGUGGCAUUCCGACUUUGGGUGGAUCAAUGUUUCCACAAUUCCCUUCGACAAGCAUUCCUACAUUCUAUUCUAACAACAUUGUCUUGGGUUCAGAAACAAAUGAUGCUCCUUCUAAUGGAUCGUUUAUGAGUGUAUUGAAGGACAUGGAGUCUUCUGCAAAGCAUCAUAAAUCAUAA